AUGUCUGCUGCUCCCGGAAGCUCCGACCUGCGAAAGAAGCGGAAGAUUGCUGUCCUCGGCUCAAGAUCCGUCGGCAAGUCGUCGCUCAUCGUGCGCUACGUCGAGGAUGCCUUUGUCGAUGCCUACUAUCCCACCAUCGAAAACAUCUUCCAGAAGGUCAUCACCUACAAGGGCCAGGAGUACGACUGCGACAUCAUCGACACGGCAGGUCAGGACGAGUACUCGAUCCUCAAUUCCAAGCAUGCCAUCGGCAUCCACGGCUACGUGCUCGUCUACUCGAUCGCCUCGCGCAACAGCUUCGAGAUGAUCCAGACCGUCUACGACAAGAUCCUCAAUUACACGGGAACGGAGCACGUCCCCUGCGUCAUUGUCGGCCAGAAGAGCGAUCUCCACGUCCAGAGACAAGUAUCAGAGGCAGAUGGAAAGGCGCUCUCGCAGCAGCUCCAGUGCGCAUGGAUCGAGACGAGUGCUCGGCACAAUGCGAACGUCGCCAAAGUCUUUGAGCUGAUGCUCAGCCAGACGGAAAAGGGCCUUCAAGACGGCGGUCCGGAACCCCAGCCCUCCAAGUGCACCGUCAUGUAG